GUGAGCGCGCAAGACCCGUCCCUACAGCAGAGCAGCGCAUCCAUCCUGCUGAGGAGCCGGGAGGAGCGCACCGAGAGAGCCAGAGAGAGAGCCAGAGAGAGACGGAAAGGGUGAGAGUGAGAGAAGAUGGACGGAGUGGGAUCGUUCGGAGCGGGCCGGACUGGGUCCACUAUCGACCCGAUUAGCUUCGCCAAACAGCCGCAGACCAUCCUUAGAGUGCUGUCCUGGAUAUUUUCCCUGGUGGUCUUUGCCUCCAUUGUGAACGAGGGCUAUGUCAACUUGGGCAGCGAGACCCUCCACUGCGUCUUCAAUAAGAACGCAGACGCCUGCAACUACGGCGUGUUCGUGGGCCUGGUGGGGCUGCUGGCCUGCUCCUUCUUUUUCAUGCUCGACUACAAGUUCGCCUCCAUCAGCUCCGUCAAGGACAGGAAGAAGGCGAUCAUGGUUGAGAUUGGAUUCUCAGGUUUCUGGGCCUUCUUGUACUUUGUAAGUUUCUGCUUCCUGGCCAAUCAGUGGUCUCGAACCACGGCUAAAGAGCUGCCUCUCAACCAGGGGGCGGACGCAGCCCGGGCGGCCAUCGCCUUCUCUUUCUUCUCCAUAAUCACCUGGGCCGGUCUCACAGUCCGUGCGGUCCAGAAGUAUAUGCUCGGCACAGACAUGACUCUGUUCACCACGGAGCACAUGGAUGGCAGCGCUCCCACCCAGCCGUACCCUUCCAACUCACCGGUGGGCGAAACCACCGAGACCACAGAGACCUACCAGAGCCCGCCGUUCACCGAGAACAACGCAGCACCCACAUACCAGGUUCCCAUUUACUAGAGGAGGUAGACCUGAUGGAGGAAGCGUAGGUUCAGGGGUGAGAGAUAAGAGGAAAGUGAUAGGAAAUUGCUUUCUGUGAUGUUACACCUGCAGUUGUGUGUGUGUUUAUCUGGGCUGAGUUUUCAGUAAUUGUUGAAAAAAAAACAACAGCCUCUCCUCCUUUCUUCCUUCCUCUUGCUGACUUUUCUUUCCUUGAACACAUUCCAGCUAUAUCUGAAGUCUUUUUGAAGUGUGUGUUAAACGUUGCGGAUCAGAGCAGAUGAGAUGAAAAGAAAUCAAGAGGAGGGGAUGAAGAAGAGGAGGCCACUAAACACUAUUUUGACAAAAAAAAUCAAGCUAUGAAGGGAUCAACAAGUGAGUGACUCCACCACAAAGCAGUGUUAGAUUAAAAAAAAGGUGCAGAAACACUCACAUAGCACCUUCAGCCUAUUCUUUUCAUCCAUUGAAGUGUCAAAGUAUGUUUUUUUUAGCUACAGUACGGUCUGGUCUUUUCUUCAUCUUCCCCUGCUGCAGUUAACAGUAACCCUGUGUGUUGAAUCUGCAUGUUUCCAAAAUUAGAAAUCAACUAAGUGCCAUACUGUACUGUGUGUCUCAGACAGUGACUUAAUUUAGUAGAUUUCCACAUGCUGUAAAAUAAAAAACAACGACGAUGUUUUGUGACUAAGUGCAAUAUCUCACAUCUUAUCUGUAGGUAGGUAUUUACUGUACUGUAGGUAGGCUAGUGACGUCAGAUUAGACCAGUUAUAGGCGCCGUCUCGAAUCACACACUGGUAUUUGAAUUGUACUACAACAUCUCAGGCAAAUUGUGAAUAAACAUUGUUUACCUGACUUUGAUUGAGCUUCCCUGGGGAGUUUGCAUGACAGGAACAAUAUAUUUAAGUCUAACAGAUCAUGCAAGAAUUAUUCAUAUCUGAAAGUUUGUUACCAAUUUAAAUGUAGGUAGUAUUGGUCAACAAGCUUUUAUCUUACCUCAAUGAAGUGGAAUCAUCACUGUAACACAUUUUGGGAUCACAAUGCAAAAUAUGACUUCAGUAAAUUGUCGAAAUAGCUGUGCAAUCUUGUUCAAUCGUGUAUAAGGUUCAGUUUGCCCAAUUGUAUCAUUUUGUAUAUUGCAAGUUGCAAAGUUUGCAGUGAUUUCUAACAUUUUUCAACUAGAAGAAGAUGCAAAACAACCUCAGAGAAUAAAGCAAAAGAGUCGCAAAGACACACAGUGGCCAUAAAGAGAUGCACAAAAACUACAAAGUGAUGCAAUUUGCCGCGAACACAACAAAACAACAACAAAUUAAGUCAAAAGCCACCAUAAGGAAACACAAAAUGACCCCAAAGAUAUUGAAAGAACUUCAAAGAGACAACAUGACUCCAAAGAGACACAGAACAAACAUUAAAAGACACAAAACAAUAAUACAAAUAACCCCCAAAAAACUACAAAGACAUGGAAAACUACCACCAAGGUAUUUAAAAGACGACAGAGACAUAAAACAACCACAGAGACAGAAAACGAGGAUGAAAAAUACUCAAAAAAGUAAUAAAAAAACGACUACAGAGAGACCAUAGAAAAGACUCAACACACAACA